UAUGAACGUGUGGCGAACCACGGGGUUGGGCAGAGGAAGAGCUGCUCUGGAGGCGACUGGCCCAAGGGAGACUGCUCCUGGACAUGGAAGCUCUUCUCCUUCGCUUGGGCGUCCAGCUCGCCGGGCGCCCCGCCGAGUAGCUCACCAGAUCCCUCCGGAGAUCCUGUCGGACCCAGAACUCCAGGCGGCCGCGGCAGUGCUGCCGGCCAACUACAACUUUGAGAUCUACAAAACCGUGUGGAGGAUCAAGCAGGCCGGGGCGAAACGGGGUGAGUCUCUGGACGGCAAGGGUGCCGGUCGGUCUCAGGACAAAUGUGAAAACGAGCCUGUGAAACCCGUUGGGGGGGGCAGUUUCUUGCCACCAUUUAUGAGGCGUCUCCAGGCUGAGAUGCAGGCAGAGAGCCAUUCGGAGGACUGGGUGGCCGGUCUGGCCCAGGGUCCCCAGUCAGGAGAGGGUGGCCAGGUGUGGGGAGACUUGGACCCAGGCUUUGGGGUCCCAGCGCCCCAGCUGUGGAAGCCGCCGGGAAGCUCCGCUGGUCUGCACACCUGUGUCGUCCUCUCCCCAUCCAGGUUCACGGGGGCGGAGGCCGUGGUGAUGGGCGACGUGACCUACGGAGCGUGUUGCGUGGAUGAUUUCACCGCCCGGGCCCUGGGAGCCGAUUUCCUGGUCCAUUACGGCCACAGCUGCCUGAUUCCCAUAGACUCCACCCAGGGCAUUAAAAUGCUGUACGUCUUUGUGGACAUCAAGAUCGACACGGGCCAUUUCGUCGAGACGCUGCGCUUCAACUUCCCCCCAGGGACCCGACUGGCCCUCGUCAGCACCAUCCAGUUUGUAUCUGCACUGCAGGCGGCUGCCCAGGAGCUUCGGCCCGAGUACACGGUCUGCACCCCGCAGUGUAAGCCUCUCUCGCCUGGGGAGAUUCUGGGCUGCACCUCCCCCCGUUUGGCCCGGGACACGGACGCCAUCAUCUACCUCGGAGACGGGCGAUUCCACCUGGAGUCCAUCAUGAUCGCCAACCCGGGGGUCCCUGCCUACAGGUAUCAGGGCGCGCACUACGCCCACGCACGCAUGCAGGCGUCUCGGAAGGAGGCCAUCCGCCAGGCGGCGCGCGCCUCCAAAUGGGGCCUGAUCCUGGGCACUUUGGGGCGCCAGGGGUCUCCGGCCAUCCUGGAGAAUUGUCCUUAAUAGUUGAGGCGCUUCAGCUGCAUAUUUAUCAUCGUCCGGCUUCUGCUCUCGGAGAUUUUCCCGAGCAAAUUGCAACUUUUCCCUGAUGUCCAGGCGUGGGUCCAGGUGGCCUGUCCUCGGCUCUCCAUCGACUGGGGAGAGGCCUUCGGGAAGCCUCUGCUGACGCCCUACGAGGCGGCUGUGGCGCUGCAGCAGAUCCCGUGGCAAGAGAUCUACCCCAUGGACUUCUACGCCAGCCAGUGUCCUCUGCCUCUUGAGCUGGAGAGCAUUUGCAACUCCCCACCUGCGUUCUGGAGCUCUGACCUUUGGCCCUGCAAGGCGGGAGUGGGGGGUCCCUUUGCCCUAGCGCCUGCCUCCUCUCCCAACGUGGGGCUGAUGGGGGUUGCAAUCCAAAACGCCCAGCGAACCAGCGGUUCCCUGCCCUCAUCUAAGGCUAAGGCGGCCGAGUCGAGGCUGCCAACUGGGGAGAAAGCCUGCGGGGGUUGUCCCUGCCCGGAGGGAGCCUUCCAGCAGCCGUGA